AUGGAAUACAUCAUCAGAACAUUUACAUGCGUGGUUCAGCACACCCACAACGCCGACGACAUUGUUGAAAAUGCCACCGCUCUGUUAGAUGGCAGCUCAAAUGCAACUGACAUCUCGGACCACGACCGUUUAGGGCUUCUCGACUUUCCCGAUUCAGUGAUUCAAGAAGCAAAUGUGGCUGCAACGACGAGCUUGUCCAAAGCCGAAUUACUCGAGCGAGCGGCCUCAUCCCCAUCAACUCUUAGUGCCGGCGAGAUUGAUCUCCUCAAACGACGGUACUGGCUCGGCCUGACCAGGGAACAAAUGACGCCGUCCUUCAGUUCUGCCGCUAAACGAGAUCUCUACUCCCUCACACAGGAGCAGCUGCAACAAGCAACAGAUCAACUGAAGAAGGUCCGCGCCAUGCUCUUCGACGCCAACGAAGAGGAUGCCUUGUGGAAUGCUGAGAUGGAAGACUGGCGCCGUAUGAUGGAUGCUUCUAAGCAGCGGAAGAAGCAAGAAGUCGAGAGUCGACUUCCUACUGCACAGCCCUGGAUGAAGCGAUUGUGGGAUGAGGAUCAAGCUGAGAAGAAUUGGGGCUACGCCGUGUUUCGUGACCUCAAGGCGGCCAACGAGGAAUAUGAAGUGAGAAAAGAUGCUGCUCUCAUGAAUGCACGAGGGGCGAUCGGCUGUGGAGACACAAUUGGUGCCAGAUGGAGACUACAGUAUCUGGAUCAGCCCGAAGAUGACAAGGAACUGGAACCAAGCCAGGCCGCCUCAGAUGCCAACGACAAAGAAAAUGAGAAAACUGCAUCAGAGCUUGAAGCAAGAUUUCAGGUGUUGCGCCAGCACUUUCGAAAGGUUCGUGAUCGCACUCUCAAAAGACAGAGUACAGCUCUCUACCCACAGACAGAUCGUAGUGAACUUCGAGAUGGCAUUCUCAGGAAUGUGUUUCUUGUCAUCGACCAACAGUGUGUGGAGUCCCUCUCCUCUCAGACGGCAAACGUCGACGACAUGUGGGUGUAUGCAGUGGAUCCGGAUUAUACACAUCCUACAGGUACAACUGCCCCCGAAGUUCCAUCAAAGGAGUACAGAGGCUACUUGCGUGUGCGACUACAGCAGUUGGUAAACAACUUCUUCGAUGCCCGACGAUUUCACGCCGAUGAGUUUUCCAUGCAGGCACUCUGGACUGCUGCACAAGCAAGCAGAAAUCAGGCUUUUGUGUCGGUUAAGGAGUCGGAGCAACAUCUUUGGACAUUCAACAGAUUUGUUGGCAGCGCGCUUCGCCCAGAGGGUGUAGCACGCCCCACGGUCAAGCUUCUAUAUUGA